AUGACCACAACCUCUGCAGCCCCGCCGGCUACCGAUGCCGCCUCUUACCUUGACCUCGCUAUCACCCUCACCCUCAACAACUGGCCCGCCCUCUCACUAGCUGUGCAAUCAAACUGGGGCGGCCCAACCUCUAGCGAUAAGCGGGACUGGCUCUGCGGCGCAAUUUCCGAUAUGCUGCGCGACAGACCCGAGACCGACGCUGAAGACCUGGAAGAAGUGCUUAUCCAAGUGAUGAACGACGAGUUUGACGUCGCGGUGGAUGACGAGAGCGCUGCAGACGCCGCAGAUAUGAUUAUGGAGUUCAAGGCUCAGACUGCUCGCGGCGAGUUCAGCUUAAUCCAAGAGAUGUUGGAGAGUUAUCAGAAGAAGAGCCAGAACCGUUCGGCCGCUGCGCAGUUCCAACGGGUUGAGGCUGGGGAUGAUGAUCAAGAGACCGAUGAUGAGGAGGAUGAUGAAGAAAUGGACGAUGCGCCUGCUUUGAUUCGCGCUCCACGGGAGCGUGCAGAGCCUGAGAUUGAUGAGGAUGGGUUCACAAAGGUUGUUGGAAAGAAGCGGUAA